GUGUUCUUAUUCUUGAUCAUUUCUCUGCUUUUCUUCCCCUUUUCACUUCUCAACUUCAUUAGUAUUCUUAGAGCGUAGCUACUCUCUCUCUCUCUCUCUCUCUCUCUCUCUCAUGGGGCUGCAGGUUUGAGCACAGGCAGACUGCAUUCCACUUAGUUCAUGUCUUUUUCUCCUUAAAAUUUACUGGGUAUUUGUUGAUUCUUGUGCCCUACAAUGUACACUUUAUGCUCAAAAGAAGUAUAAUCUUCUUAAAAUUACGUUCAGAUAACAUGUUUCACUGAAUUGCUAAAAGAAUUUUCCUGUGAAUGUGUUUGAGAAGACCUCAGAAGAGCAAAAAAUGUCUAACUGGGACACUUUGAAUGAGGUUGGGAAUCUUGCCCAGUUGACGGGAGUUAAUGCAGUUGGGUUAAUUGGGUUGAUAGUUGAUACCGCAAAUAGAGCUAGACUGCACAAGAAGAAUUGCAGGAAAUUUGCUCAUCACUUGAAGUUAAUAGGGAAUUUGUUGGAGCAACUUAAGAUUUCAGAGCUGAAAAAAUACCCAGAAACAAGAGAACCUUUAGAGCAGUUAGAGGAUGCAUUGAAAAGAGCUUAUGUGUUGGUUCAUAGUUGUGAAGAUAAAAGCUAUCUCUAUCUGGUGGCAAUGGGGUGGAGCAUUGUCAACCAGUUUAAGCGAGCUCAAGACGAAAUCGAUCGUUACUUGCGGAUUAUGCCAUUACUAACCCUUGUUAGCAAUGCCCGCUUUAAGGAAAGAUUAGAACGUAUCCAAAGGGAUCAAUAUGAGUACACGUUAGAGGAGGCUGACAGAAAAAUGCAAGUUGCUAUAUUGAAUCAGGAACCGUCAAAAGCUGAUACGGUGCUACUCGAGAAGAGCCUAUCCUGUUCCUAUCCUAGUCUGCGAUUUGAACAGGCCCUUACAGAAGAAUUCGAGAAGCUUCAGGUGGAACUGCAGCAGUCACAGGAUGUCAAACAAUGUCAAGUGAUUCAACACUUAAUAGGGGUGACAGAAGCUGCCUCGAGGCACUCCAGAAACUUGGAGGCAAGUUAUUCGAAUUCUCGUGAUCGAAAAGCCUUGUCUGGUGAUGAGAAUUGCCGUAAGAGUAAUGAUGCUCUAUCUACCGUCAGGAUGACAUCCUUACCAUCCAGGGAACAUGAUUUGAAGUAUCCCAAGGGAUCAGAUCCUGUUGAGGAUUGGCAUACUGACCUGCUUGACUGUUGUUCAGAGCCCAAGUUGUGUGCAAAAACAUGUUUCUUCCCUUGUGGGACAAUUUCGAGAAUCGCAUCUGUGGCAAACAACACGCACAUGUCUUCAGGAGAGGCUUGCAAUGAGUUGGCAGCAUACUCAUUGUUUAUGUCAUGUUGUUGCUACACUUGCUGUAUUCGGAAAAAGUUCCGCAAGAUUUUUAAUAUCAAGGGAGGUUUAUGUGACGACUUCCUCUCUCAUUUAUUAUGCUGCUGCUGUUCUCUUGUCCAAGAAUAUCGAGAAAUGGAGAUUCGCGGAGUGAAAGGUCCCGUGAAAAGCAUGACAAGCCCACCUUCAGCACAACAGAUGGAGUUCUGAAUUCACAUGUCUUGGCAACCUAUCCUGAAUGCUGCUUUGGGUUUGAUGUUCUUUCUAUCUAUGCAAUCUAUUUGCUGUUUGAAGAGCUGCUCAUUAGAAGGCUCGGCUACGCAAUCGUAUGAGAAGAGACUUUGCAUCUGCUUUACUCUCCUGCCUCCAACCAGAUAGACACUAUUGCACUCAGUAUGGAUGUUAGCAGGCAGCAUAUGUAUAGUUCAAUGGAGUUUAAACUACUUUUGAUUAAUCUUGCUUUGUCACUAUCUCGGUUUUUAUUAGUUAUGCUUUUCUGGUCAUGUUAGUAUUGGUCUAUUGGAAACAAUGGGGAAAACUGCGAAACGUUAUCUGAGUGCAGAAUGUAUUAUAGGUAGGAA